UAGUGCCAAUAACAAGACCAUUAUUACUUUAGAAUUUCUUUGUUUUUGUAUCAAAAUUAAACGCACUUGUAACAACAAUAAUAUAUAUAAUUAAAUUAUAGAUGACUUUAUAAGUCAUAAGAAAGUACGUUCUCAGUUGAUAAUGCAGUUUCAAUUGAUACAAAAUCAUAUAAGAACAAGUAUUAAUGUCAGAAAACGCGAAGACGUGUAAUUGUAUAAAUGAAACAAAUUAAAGAAUACGUUAAAUAUAUAAUGAAAUUUAAUCUUUAAUAUUUAAAAUAAAUAAACAAUUAAAUUCAGACAAAAGUGAGAUAAAUACUUUGAUAUUAAACAGGUAUAACGAUUUUCUUUUUCAUAUGUCAUUUACCCCAUAAUUCUUCUUCGAUACAAGGUCACAAAUGAUCAUUGUCCUUUGAGUUAAAUCUCUGUGAACUCAAAAUGAAUAAAAUAGAAUUCUUUUGCGAAGCUUUGAAACGAAUUCGUGCGGAAACUGAAAAUGGUGCUGAUCGAAUAACCGAAGAAGGUGUACUGCCAACAACAAUAAAUGGAACGCCAAUACGGAAAUUGUUUGUUUGUAAUAUAGCACAAAGGACUACAUUUAAAGAUUUGAAUGCAUUAUUUUCUGAAUACGGAAAAGUUGAGAGUGUUUACUUAAAUCCAACAAGCAGUAGAAGUAAUUAUGCAUUUGUUACGUUUAGUACAGUUAUGGGUGCAAUCAGAGCUAGAGAAGCCGGAAGUAAUAAACGUAUUCAUUUACAUAGUAGAGAUUUAAAAGUAAUGCCAGCAGAUCCUUGGCACCAACCGGAUAAAACACAAUUUAAAAAUAAUAAUUCAACAAAGGAUUCGAAUAAAUCUCGUGAAAUGUCUUCGACUAAUAAAACUGAUCAAGACACUGUAGACAAUUCUACAAUUGCUUCAAUAAAUGUAUUAAACGAUGAUUGUUUAAUACACAUUUUUCUUUAUUUACCAAUUAUGGAUAAAAUUGCCAUAGAAAGGGUAUGUCAACGUUGGAAGGAUGUGUCAAAAAAAUCGUGGUAUAGUGUUAAAAAGUUAGAUCUUUCUAAUCAUACGUGGGGAAUAUUAUCAGACUAUAAAAAAAUUAAUACAUCUGAUUUACGUCAAGUAUUAUUGAGAUGCGGUAGAUUUUUAACUCAGAUUGAUUUUCCUCAUAAAUAUCCGUCCUUAACGCGAAGCACUUUGCUCAUCAUUGCCAAAUUGUGUCCUAAUUUAGAAAUAGUUGAUUUCAGUGGAAUCGAAUUGUCUUCCUCGGGAUUAGAAUUAUUAGCUGAUAAUUGUACAAAUAUAAAAAAGCUUAGUUUAGCAUUUUAUCCGUGUUCUUCUUCUCUAAUUGAUAAAGAUUUAUCAUUAUUAUUUCGUAUGUGUAAACGCUUAACUUCCGUGAGUCUUCGUGAAAUGAGAAUAUCGGGCAAAUGUUUAGGAUUUCUUUCAUCGGAUACAUUAGAAGAACUUGUUUUAACUGCUUGUAAUAAUAUCACUCCACGACAUUUUAUUAAUGUCUUAGAAAAUCAGAAGAAUUUAAAAAAAUUGGUUAUCAAUAAGAGCACAUUUUUCAUCGGUGUUUUACUUGAAGCAAUGGCAAAGUAUUGCACAAAUCUUCAACAAUUCGAACUAACUAAUGUAGAUUUUUGUGAAUUUUAUUACCGAGAUUCAAAUAUAUUACAUUUAACAAAAUUUGUUAAUCUUGAAACUCUAAUACUUUCAACAAAUAAUUUUGUAGACAACUUUCUUCUAAUUGCUUUGGCUUCAACGUGUACAAAAUUGACCUACUUAGAUAUCGAAAAUUGCAAUAAAGUUACUGAUACGGGUUUACAAGCUGUGGCAACUUUACCAAAAUUAGAAACUUUAAUAAUUAACUAUUUGAAUGAAAUAACAGCUAUAGGUUUAGACAAUAUGUGUAGCUUAAGACGACUGGAAUGUAAGUAUUGUGUUUCGAUACUGGAUACAGGCUUAACUACCCUUAUUCAUAAAUCGCCUAACUUGGAAUUACUCGAUAUCACUGGUUGCGACCAAAUAACCAAUGAUACUAUUACCGUGGCUGAAUAUGUUACUAGUCGUAGAUCCAAUAAUAUUGUUUUAAAGAUAUACAUGGCUGGAACAAGAGUGACGCGUCAUUAUCAUGCAUCUCCUAAUUUGAUGUUACUUCGUAUCAACACUACAGAUAUGUAGUUUUAAUUGGAAAUAUUUUCAAUUUACUGCCAUUCAUUAUUGUUAGCCAAAGGUAGGCCAUUUCAACCCAAUAAUCAAUAUGACGUAAUACUAAUGAAUAACUACAAAAUUUGUUGAUAGGCUCCAAUGUUCAGCGUGAUCUGAUUAUUUUUCUAUUACAUUACCCCAUUAGAAUCAUCAAGUGCCAGACUACUCAUGGAUGACUUUACCCGUGGGAAAAAUUUUGUUUUUUGCAGUAAAAUAUUCUUACUGGGUCUUGUUUUAUGUGGAUUCACCUUUUUGUAUAUUGCCUAAUCAAAUCAAAAAUCCUACAUUAUAAAUAAUUAUUUCGUAUGUCUUUCGUGAAGAUAUUUAAUAUACGUGCACGUAACUUGUGCACGUAAUGUGAAUGUACAUAUUUAAAAAUUAAUCAUAUAAUAUAAUAUAUUAAUAUAAGAUAUUAUAAUAUUUAGAUCUUAUGACAGAUAUCAAGAGAAUUCCAAUUCUAAUUGGAAUAACAAAAAAAGAAAAAAUGAAAAGGAAAAAUUGGUCAUUCAAUGCCAACAAAUUGAAUAACUUUGAUUACUGAUUUAUAUACAUUUAUAAUAUUUGUACAAGCAUUUAAAAAGAAAACAGAAAAACAAACAAAAAAAUUAUUUGUUACUUUAAACAUCAUUACUGUGUAGUAUCUAUUAAAAGAGAAGUA